AUGAUGUUGGAUUUGCAGGAGAUGUUGGAGUUGGGAGAGACGUCAGAGUUGGGAAUGAUGGCGGUGUUGGGAGUAAGGGCAAAACUGGGAGUAAUGGUGUUGGGAGCAAGUACUGAGAUGGGAGUGAUGGCAGUGUUGGGAGUGAUGGCAGAGCUGGGAGUGAUGGCGGAGCUGGGAGUGACGGUGGUAUUGGGAGCGAGGGUGGUGUUGGGAGCGAGGGCAGAAUUGGGAGUGAUGGCACAGCUGAAGAACAGAAAAGCGGAAUACUAUCUGAAUGGAGAGAAACUGCAGACUGUUGUGGAGAAUAGGGAUCUGAGGAUCCGUGUACAUGAAUCACAGAAAGUCAGCUUGCAGGCAGAGCGUGACAUUGGGAAGCGGCAGCAGCGUGAGACAGAGUGCCAGGGGAAGGAAAUCUCGAGUAGAGGGAAUGGAAGCGAGGGCAAUUGCAUGCUUCUCUUGCAGUAUGUGGGAGGUAUUGAGCUGCUUGGGCCUGGUUGGAGAUGGAUCUGUUGCGCAGGUUUUGCUGAGCCAGGAGCUGAAAUUCUCGUCGUUGAACCCAUGGAAUAUUCCCAUGGCAUGAUUGUCAGUUUCUUCAAUGUUUCCUAUAAAGUGAAAAUAAAACACGGUUACUUUUAUCGAUGUACCAAAUCCACUAAGGAUGUCUUAAUUGGUGUCAGUGGUAUCAUGAAGCCUGGAUUGAAUGCCAUCAUGGGACCCCUGGGGAGCGGGAAAACUGCGUUAUUGGACAUUUUGGCAGCGAGGAAGGAGCCCUCAGGGUUUAGCGGAGAGGUCCUCAUUGAUGGUGUGCAGCAACCAACGAACUUCAACUGCAUUGCUGGAUAUGUCAUAUACGAUUACAUGAUGACUGGGACACUGACUGUGAGGGAGAACUUGGAAUUCUGUGCUGCAUUGAGGCUGCCUAAGAAUCUCACCAAAUCUGAAAGAACAAGAAGAAUCAAUAACCUUAUUGAAGAGCUUGGGCUCAGUAAAAUAGAAAACUCUCGGGUUGGAACACUGUUCACUCGCGGCAUCUCUGAUGGAGAGAAAAGGAAAGCCAGUAUCGCAAUGGAGCUGCUGAAGGACCCUGGUGUUCUCUUCCUGGAUGAACCAACAAGUGGUUUGGAUACCAGUAAUGCAAACACUAUCCUGCACUUACUGAGAAGGUUAGCACGGCAAGGGAAAACAGUCAUUUUCUCGGUUCACCAGCCUCGGUAUUCAAUGUUCAAACAAUUUGACUCCUUGACGCUGCUCACCAGUGGCAAAGUAACGUACCAUGGACCUGCCAGGAGCUCCAUUGAUCACUUUAAAGCAAUGGGAUAUAAAUUUCACGUGCGUAGCAACCCUGUUGACGUUGUGCUUGAUAUCUUGUGCAAAGCUGCAGAAAAUCAAAAAGAGAAUGGUUUUGGACCCACUAAUCAGCAAGGUGAUUCUACUGUCUACGAGACAUUGCUGCAGACGUACCAUGCUUCGACACAUUUCAGUCAGCUAAUGACACAGUUAGAGAAACUCUCUGAUUAUAGCAGGCUGCAUCAGAUCCUACCCUCCCCAAGUCACUUCACACAGACAACACCAUUCUCUCACCAGCUGAAGUGGUUGGGAAAGCGGAUAUUCAGGAAGUACCUGGGGGACCCACGUGUGCCAAUUUUAACGAGUCUUACCACUGGUCUUAUCUUUGAAGCAUUUCUAAUCAGAGAUGGCGGGAACUGCCGAUGCUGGAGAAUCAGAGAUAACAAGGUGAUAAUCGGAGUGAUACUGUGCCUGAUUUUGGGAUGUGUCUUUUACCGAAUGAAGACCAAUCGCACUGGGCUGCACAACCGAUCUGGUCUUUUGUUUUUUAUUGUUAAUUGUCAGAUGUACAGCAGUAUCUCUGGUAUUGAACUUCUGGUCACAGAAAAGAAGAUUUUAACUCAUGAAUAUAUCAGCGGGUACUACUCAUUGCCAGCAUACUUCAUUUCCAAGUUAUUGUUUGAUCUGAUCCCCCUGAGGACAAUUCCAGGUGUUAUUUAUAACAGCACAACUUAUUUUCUCGCAGGUUUGAAACGAACGGUUCCUGCAAUUUUUGUAUCGAUUCUCACCUUGAACAUGGUCUCCUACACCUCUUCAGCUUUGGUCUUGGCAAUUGUAGCCGGAGGGAAUUCUGUAACAGUUGCGAUCAUUGUGCUAUCACUCACUUUCGUCUUGAUGACGAUCUAUUCCGGAUUAUUGGUGCAUCUGCCAGGAGUUGUAAAAUGGCUCAGCUGGUUACGGUAUAUCAGUAUCCCUCGCUACGGAGUUACUGCUCUCAUGGUGAAUGAAUUUGUGGGCUUGAAAUUUUCAUAUAAUGUGUCGGAUAUGGGGAUGGGCUGUCACUGCCCAAACUCAACCCCCGUUCAGAUCUCGUGCACAGGAACUCAGCACCUUCAGGACAUGGAGAUUGGCACAGCAACAUGGGAUUUGUGGCUGAACCAUGUGGGAUUAAUUGCACUGAUCACCUUCUUCCUAAGCAUUGCAUAUUUGAAACUCUUGUACAUGAAGAAAUUGUCAUGA